GGCGUCGCUCCCGACGCGGAGACCCUCGCGGAGUGCAUGGACCCGCUGGGCGGCAUGGGCUCGGCGGGCUCCGACGCCGCCGCGGCCAGCGCCGCGGGCGCUGGCGACCUUGCUGAAAACCGAUAUUCCAAAGAUCUAGGCGCGGCCAUCACGAACGCGCCCGUGCCGGAUAGCCGGCCGGACUUGCGGCGCGAGAUCGACGCGGAUGGCUCGACCAAUCGCAUUUUGGAACGUUGGGGGCCCGCGGAUUUUCAGCGAAUUCUUCGGCGGCGCGGCGAAUUCACAUGUGCCCGCGAGGUGGAUGGCGAGCCCGACAACGCGCUCAGCGUCAUCGCCAAGGUCCGCGCCGAGGCGGCCGAGCUGAUCGCGCAGUGGCCGACGCUGCCUGACGAAAGUGAGAAGGACGCCCUCAACGUCGUCGCUCUCUGUGCGAUGGAGGACCGUCUGUGGAGCCCUCAAAACGACGUCGCGGCAAUGCUCAUCGCGGGAGUUGCAUCCGGUCCGCUCCUCGUUGCCCGCGACGACGGCGUCUUUAUGUACAGGCAGGGCGCCCUGCAGUUGAUCGAGGAGUUCAGCGCGACCGACGUGCGCCGGCUCGAGCUGGCAUUGUUGGAGGCGACCGCCAUGUUCAAGGUGAUCAUGGGUGAUAUCGCGAACAAGGGCGCGACGGCCGCGUUCGAUGCGAUGUUGCCUCUAGCUAGAGAGACGUCAACCCUGGUGCCCAUUAUUUGGAUUGAUACACAGGAGUUCCGCGGCGCGAAGCUGGCGGAAUUCUCUGCGUGGGCCAUGGGCGCCUUCAAACACAUGUCGGCGGUUGCAACCCGUUUCGUUGGGAGGAGUUCCUCUGGCUCGCUGGUGGAAAUGGUCGGCGCAUGGAAGCAGGAGGAGCGUCCGGAGCAGCCCAGCACCGUGGUCGUCUUCGAAGAUGCUUGUGUCAAGAUUGACCCGGGGAAGCCAGAGAACAGCGCCGAGCGCAUGAAGAAUGUCCCGAAGUCGAUCGAGCACGUGCGGUGCUUCCAGGAGCCCGACGAGUUCCGCGACGUGAUGAAGUCGUUCAUCAGCGGAGAUGGUUUGAUGUGCCGGCCUCUGUUCUGUGCGACCGCUGCUUAUGACCGCUGGAACCGCGCGGCGCGCUUCUGGGGGUGCAACUGGGGGUUCCCCAGCAUAUCAGGCAGCCCAGAUGAUGCCAGGAAUCUAUGCGCCUUCGAGCGCCGCGUCGGGGUUGCGGAGCUCCGGGCGACAUUCACCAGUGACCCAGCGAAGGUCGACGCUAAAAACCGCAUCUUCAAGGAGGGCACCGAGCUGGACGAUUUCUUGAAAAGCCCAUCCUCAAUGGCCAGGCGCAUCGUGGCCGCCGUGGCCAACGGCGGCCUCCAGGUGCCAGAGUCGUUCCAAGCGGCGGAGGAGGACGCUGCCGCGACGGAGAGCGCCGAGCAGAUUCGGCGCGACGUUCACGUUAACCAGGCGGCCAACGGUCUCAUCAGGACCUACGAUGCGACGAAGAGCAAGUGCAUUCCUGGGAAGUACAGGGAGGGGAAGAAUGGGGAGAAGGACCGCCUUCAGGUCUUUUCCGAUGCAAUGUCUACGUGGCCGCGCCUCUUCACUCUCCGCGGAUGUCGCGGCGGCGGCUUCGAAGGGCUGGACAUCGACCCCAAGAGGAUGGGGGAGGCGAUCGAGCAGGCGGGCGGCGCCGCGGUCUUCGGCGGAGGGCCAGGGCUCGCUUCCUGGCGCAGCACGCGGGAAUGCGCGGAUUUUCUUCGGGGUCGCCCCUUGGGCGGCGACGCCGAAGACGCGCCGGAGAUCGCCGUCCGCAACCAGUGCGGGUCUCUCAUGGGGGCGCGCAUCUACCAGAGGUUGUCUGAGAAGGUGGAUUCGGGCGAGAUUGCCGACGCGGACUACGCGAGGAUUCCGAUGCUGCGGAGCGUCCGCUGCGGCGGCGACAUGGCGCAGAUCGAGGUGCCGUACUGCCGCAAGUGCGACGUCCUUGGUCGUCGCCUGGCCCGGCGCCCUUCCCUGCAGUGGAUGGUCCGCGACGACGGGACAGUCGCGCUGUCGCUGGAGCCGUCGAAUUCCUUCCAGGGCGGGAAGGAUUCGUGGGAGACCAGGGUUUUCGCCGAGGCUGACAUCAAUAGCUGCUUCGUUGCCUUCUUAGUCAAGAAGAUUGAGCAUUUGUGCCAGAUGAAGGAGGACAUGCCUGCCCUCGCGGCGUUUGCCGCCAACUACAAGGCACGGCGCUCGGCCCUCGCCGCCUACAUGUCAGCGUCCGCGAAGGUGGCGAAGAAGGCCCUGGUCAGGAUCGCGCGCCUGGGCAAGCCAGGUUGCGACCUCCCAUUCCCAUGGAAUCUUUCGGUGGACAUGCGCAAGGCGGUGGACUUGCUUCUGGCCCAGGACAAGUUCAAAUGCCUGGAGGGCCGCUUUGAGAAUCGCCGCUGUCCUCCCGCAUCGAAGCUCCACUACGCCCUGAGCUCCAUCGAGGACGUGGUUUUGGCAGACCUGGAGUCCGAGGCGGCUUCCAUCCACGGGGCGUCUGUGAACGCGUGCAUGUUUGACGGCGCCGGGUUCUUGACGCCCGAGGGCGCCGUGGCCGAUCUCCGCGCGGCAGCGAUUGCCGUCGCAGAGAAGUGGGGGCUGCGCAUGACCGCGGAGGUGAUCGGCGAUGGCCACGCAUGGAUAUUGCACGACUUUG